CCCGCGACACCGGCAUUGUCCCGCGGCGGCCCCUUUAAGGCGGCGCCGCGCCCCGUCCGGCCCUUUGGCUGACGAGCGUUCUCACCACCCAAUGGCGUCAGGGCGGUGGGCGGUGCCGGACCAAUAGGAGCGGCGGGGCGGGGCCGACGGCGGCGGGUUCACGGGCCAGGUCGCUCCGCCGCCAUGGCCUCCAGCGGGGAGGAACCGAGGAGCGGCUCCCCGGGCCGGGCAGGCACCGGCACCGAGCCGGCACCGACGGCCGACGCCGCUCAGCUGGACACGGCAGAGGAUUUCGAGGUGCUGGAGGAGGAGGAGGAGGAGGAGGAGGAGGAGGAAGACCUGAGUGAGCUGCCGCCGCUGGAGGACGUGGGCAGGCCACCGGCCCUGCCGCGGGGGGACGCCCAGCCCUCGGAGCGGGGUGGGGGGGACGCGGCUGAGGACCCCCAGGAGUGGCUCGAUGUUUUGGGGAGCGGCUUGCUCAAGAAGAAGACGCUGGUGCCGGGCCAGGGGGUGGACACUCGUCCCCGCAAGGGCCAGGACGUGACCAUCCGCCUGAAGGCCACGCUGGAGGAUGGCAGCGUGGUGGAGGAGAACCCUGCCCUCACCUUCACGCUGGGGGACUGCGAUGUCUUGCAGGCUCUGGACCUGUGCGUGCAGCUCCUGGAGAUGGGGGAGACGGCUUUGAUCGUGUCAGAUGCAAAGUACUGCUACGGCGCUCAGGGCAGGAGCCCCGAUGUCCCACCCAACGCGGCCCUCACCCUGGAGGUGGAGCUGCUGGCGGCUCGGGACGCGCCGGACCUGGAGCUGCUCAGCGGGAAGGAGAAGGUUGAGCUGGCCAACCGCAAACGGGAGCGCGGCAACUUCUUCUACCAGCAGGCAGAUUACGUGCUGGCCAUCAACUCCUACGACAUCGCGCUCAAGGUCAUCGGCUCUAGCUCGAAAGUUGACUUUAGCCCGGACGAGGAGGCUGAGCUGCUGGAUGUGAAGGUGAAAUGUCUCAACAACCUGGCAGCCUCUCAGCUUAAAUUGGACCAUUACGAGGCGGCCCUCAAGUCCUGUAACCUCGUCUUGGAGCACCAGCCAGGGAACAUCAAGGCUCUCUUCCGAAAGGGCAAGGUCCUGGCUCAGCAGGGUGAAUACAGAGAGGCCAUCCCCAUCUUAAAGGCGGCGUUGAAGCUGGAGCCUUCAAACAAGACCAUCCACGCCGAGCUCUCCAAGCUGGUGAAGAAGCACGCGGACCAGAAGAAUGUGGAGACAGAAAUGUACAGAAAGAUGCUCGGGAAUCCCAGCGCCGCUGGCGCCCCGGGGAAAUGCAAAGACAAGCUGCCCUGGUCCAUCCCCUGGAAGUGGCUCUUCGGUGCAACAGCCAUCGCGCUUGGCGGCGUGGCUUUGUCCGUGGUCAUCGCGGCAAGGAACUAAGGAUGGCGGCGGGCGGCCCUGUGGCACAGCACCUGCGCCGGGGCGUGCCUCUCUCCUGCCAAGGGGCUUCCCUGGGGCUCCGCUGACCCCUUCCCGCGGACUCGCAGUUGCAGAAGUACGGAUGCUUUCUCUGAUGGAGGUGCCGGAUCCCCAUCCCGGCGUCCCCCCCAUAUCCCUCCUGCGGGGACAGAGCAGCAGGCAGAGCAGGGACCCCCGAGCACCCUCCCAGCACUCAGGGGCUCAGCCCCAUCUGUGAGCAUGGCAGGGGGGAGCGGGGGGUCCUGCACACCGGUACGCUGUGACUGUCCCCAGCCCAGUGAACCCCAUCAGGCGCCAUGGUCCUGCCAACACGGCGAGAUGGGCCGGGGGGAGGAAUUGGUGUAGGGAUGCACCCAGGGGAACGUGUGGCAAGAUUCCCCGUGUCCUGGGUGGGGGGAAUGGCGGUGACAGGCACCCGCUCCCCUCCUCAGCACUUCCCCGGAGCGUGCAAUGUCCAAAGGAAGCCAAAGAAACCCGCGGCGGGAGGGGGAAAAAAACAGAGACACCCCACUCCGUGCUGUCUCUUGUAGGUCCAAGCUUUUUUUUUUUCUUUUUUUUUUUGGGGGGGCGGGGGGGAGUGUCCCCUUUUUGCCCUGCAGCUCUUUCUUUGCUGCUGCCCCGGUCUCAGCUCUGCUCGCGGUGGGGAGGGGUUGUAGCACUGUCCCUUCCCCCCCCCCCCCAGCCCCAAAACGACUGUGAAAUUCCCAAAUAAAGGACAAUUCCAUCA